AUGUCGGCGGUAGUGGUAAACAGCACACCUUUCCACGUUCUUCUUCAUGACAUUGGGAAAGAUUUAAAGCUCAGCGAUGUCCAUUACAUGAAGUAUCUGCUACAAGGACACGUAAAUAAGGAGACAUUAGAGCAUCUCGAUUCAGGACAGGAGCUCACUGAACUGCUUAGAAAAAGAGGUUUGGUAACCGAGAAGAAACUGGCGUUUAUGAGAAAGCUUCUGAUAGAAGCUAAGUGUCUUAAACAAGUUCACUUAGUGGAUGAGUUCAGGGAAAAAUUCACUUCUGUGACAAUUAUUGGUGAGUGUUAAAUCCUGAUUAGGAGCUAUUCAAAUUAGCACUGGUAACCUCGUUACAAUUUAAAUAUCUGGCGGUUGAUUCAUUUUCAACAACUUACGUGGAUGUCAUCUGGUUCUUUAUCGCUAGAAAGGGCUGAUACUAGAUUCAUAUUUCCACUAAGAUCCGCUCAGAUAAAUCGCGAUACUUUGAAAAGCGUUUCGCAAAAAUAGAUUUCUUUCAUGACGUCUUGAUAAUUCUUUCUUUGGCCUUAGUAAACAUUAUUUUUAUGCAGUACCGUGCGCGAUUAGCAGAAACAAAGUUUGCGAGAUUUCCUACAAAUUAAUUGUGGAAAAAAUUCAAGACGUUCGCACCUUCAUUCCAAGAAGCAAGUUUUGAUGAUACGACUGUAACACUGAUAGACAACGACAAAGUUUUGAACUGCUUCAUUUUUGUGCCGGCUUUUUCUUAUGUUUGCUUUGUCUAACGAUUCAAAAAGAAAUUAAAAUGUCAUAAUUUCUCUAAUGUCACCUUAAUGUUGAUAAAGGAACGAUAACGUUAGCAUUACAUUGCAAAAAAAGCGACGUUUGAACAACCAAACCAAACUAUCUGACUAAGACAACUACUCACCCAAAAGCACAAAAUGUCCCUGAGGUGUAAUUAGUAUUCGCAGUUAAUUAUCAUGAACUGUUUUAGCUAAUCUCGCUGUAGAAUAGCUAUUAACGCGCAAACGAAGACGCGCUCUUUAGCAAAUAUUCUCUCAGGACCCUUCUUCUUCUUUUGAUAGAUGGUAUAGGUUGUCUAUAAUACGCGUGCUUUUAGCAAAAGGUGCUUGAGGCUGUUUUCAAAUCAGUAUUGAAUCUUGAAUUGUUAAUUUAGGUUAAGCUAAUCGAAAUUUUUUUAGUUGAAUUGUAAGAUCUUCAAGAGCGGAUAUGAGCUAUUAUUUGAGGGAGAAAAAGUGUAAUGGCCUGGGAUUUUUUUAUCCACCCGUCUUAAUUAAAUUUUGAAACAACUAUGAGCGACGCAGACCUAAACGAAAACAAUGGCACUUCAAUGCAUUCACAUUGAGAUUUUCAGACCAAAUGCGUUUCAGUAUUUCAUUCGCAGCCGCCACACAGUUCUCAUAUUUCUUUCAUAUGUCAACACAUUCAUAAGGUGGUCUGCCCGUGGUCUCAAAGGCAAGACGCUGACCUAAUCCUUUCUUCUUAGGUGAGCGACAACAAAGUGAACGAGCCUCCAGAUUGAACAACAGACGGGAGACCUUACUGCGCAUGAUCGAGAAUGUGGAAAAUGAGAUAAGGACGUGCGAGGAUGUAGAUGUAGAAAUCUCUAAUCAGAUCAAAGAAUCCGAGGUGCAAAUCCAGGCAAACAACGAAAAUAUGGUCAUCGUUGAGGAAAUAAUUCAAAGUUUGAAAAGCAAGAUAGUCAAGUAUGAAAGCAAUAUAGAAUCAUUUGAGAGAAAAUUGGAAACGGUUCGAUUCUUCCUAAAGAAGAAACAAGUUGAGAUGGACAAAAUUAAACAGAAAUUGGACGAAAAUCAUAGCAGCGCGACGAUUAAAAAAGAACUAAAGGACAAGCAAGAGGAAAACGAAAAAACAAAAAGAGAGGAGGAUGAACUCAUCGCAAAACAUCAGAAUGCUCUGGACAUGAUAAGGACUACUCAUGUAGAGAUCAGACACAAAACGCAAGACUUGAUUGUCCUAGAGGAUAGUAUUCAUGACUCUUUGAUGCAGGUACGUGCUCUCAAGCAAAGCGCCAGGAAAAAUCAACGAGCUUCGGCGGACUUGCAAGAAAAACUGGAGAGUCUUUCGCUUGAGCUGGAAGAUACACGACGAAUGAAACCGCUGACACCUUUCUCAAGGCCAGCAACUAGAGGUCAGAAUCUGUUGAAUGGUAACCAUGGUAAUGCAGUGAAUGAGACACCCUUGACAAGGAGACUGGAAUACAAGGUAGGUGGUGUGAAGUUUUAUUCAAAUUGAUCUGUCCAAAUUAAAUAGACCAUCCAAGCAAUGCGUGUACUUUAUGUGACAUUUUUACCACGAGAAUAAAUGCAUCGCGCUUAAGUCUGAGAAUAACUUAGGAGGUGGUAACAAGGGCUCCAAUGCUUAUAAGGAGUUCAUUAUCUAAAGCUUUCUCUCCAGUACUAUGAAUUUUAUCUCAAUCACUUAACUCAUAAGGGAUUCUUUGCCUCUCUGAAAUUCGAAUAACCAGAUACCGUUUACGAUAAGAGUACAUUCCUGAAGCAUUGCGCAUGGUUAUUCUCAGUCAGCAAGGCCACAAACGAAUUAACGGCUAAAGGAAGGAAGUAAACAGUUGUCCAUUACUACUGGUACCCACUCCCCUUCGUUCUCUCUCUAUUUCGUCUACCUCCGUGUACCUCUUUUUUACAUUACCGUUUGAAAGACAAAAACCAAAGAAACAAAAAGUAGAUUGAUCUAUCUCUUUCCGAGUUCAAUAUGGCGGACCGUAUGAAAAUGUGUUCGAGAGGUACCUGCGAGAGGAACCCAUUGCGCAUGUCCGGGUCGUGACCGUGCUCCUUUAAACACACGCAUCCGUAAGAACAUGUUUUUCACUCCUUACACAUCUUUAUUUUACAACGAAUGCUCACGUUUUCCCCCAUAGGUUCUGGACUACGGCGAAAUUUCUGAACGAGAAUCAAAUGUGAUUGGUCGAAAAGGGAAACGCGUGAAUCCUCCUCAGUUUCAGUCUCCCACCAGCGUGGCUGUCGACCGAGCACAAGGAUAUAUUUACGUCGCUGAUCAUGGCAACGCGCGUAUUCAAAUUCUAGACGUGAACGGUAACAUUGCACGGGAGCCAUUAGUUUUGGGUGGGAAAAGCCGACCAAGCGCCUUAGCAGUCAGUCUUCGAGGAGAUCUGGUGAUGACUGACUCGCAAAUUUUACGUGUGUUUAGCAAAACAGGUUAGAUAGGCUGUUGUUAAUCCCCCUCCUCUCCUACCAAAUUUUCAAAACUGAUGAAAGGUGCCUCUUUAAAGCAUUGGUAAUUAGCGGUAACACGGGCGUCUGUUUCUCACAAUCUGUCAAUCUUCAGUUAUAAGAGAAUCUUUUUCUCGUCAUUUCAUUGUCUGCCUUAACCCCAUGAGCUACUGUUUCUAUUAGCCAGAGAAAAGCGUAAAAAAAACAAGAUGCGAUGUGCUUGAUGGUUAGGCCGAAAAUACCAUGCCCGCCACGCAACAGCCGAGGAGGAAGCCUCAAAACGAGGCAGAAUGAGAAGGGGCUAACACUCAAAACGUCAGCUUUAGAAACUUUACGGAGGCCAAUUUUACUUUAUCAACUCAGUAUAUAAAACCAAUUUGUCUUCCUUAUACCCCCACCGACGCGGCACCACAGUUUCUUUUGAAACUUACCCCCUUUAUUCAGAAAAAUUACGACCUUUUUCCUCUACUGAUAUAUUCCAUAUCUCUUUAAGGUGAACUUCUUCGCCCAAUUUUGCCUGUCUACAGCAAGAAUGACAAACGACCGGAGCUAAGUGCUGUGGCAUUUGACAUUCAAGGAAAUAUCUACGCCGCUGACAAAGCAAACCACAGAAUUCAAAAAUUCACUUUUAAUGGGAGUUUUCUUUGCUUCAUUGGAGGACUUCAUGACUUGCAUCACCCCAUGGGCAUUACAGUUAGAAGGAACGGUGACGUCAUUGUGUCGGAAUACGAAAAUCAUCGCCUGAAAAUCUUCAGUCAAGAUAGCCUGGAGGAGAGUAGAACCAUUGGCGUGCAAGGGGUUGGAGCAGGCAAGUUUGCUUGCCCAAGAGGGAUUGCACUUGAUCAUGAUGACAAUAUUUUGGUAGCAGACAGUCGAAAUCAUAGAAUCCAGGCGAUUUCUUUGUCAGGUGAACCUCUUGGGUCGUUCGGAACGAUCGGCUUGGAUCCGGGAUGUCUUGAUACCCCGUAUGAUGUUGUCUUAGAUACCACUGGAAACAUAAUUGUAGCAGAUACUAAGAAUCACAGAUUGCAGGUUUUUACGCGCCUCGUACCCGUGUACGCAGAGCCCGGAAUGUAUGAUGAGGAGUAUGAGGAAGCCGCCGCGAUCGAGGACGGGGAGGACCUGGAACUGGACGAAGGUGAAUUCAAAAUUCCUGGUGGCGAUUUAGAUAAAGAAUUACAAGAUAAUACGAAUGACGUCAGCUCCAAUGAAAAUUUUAAAAGUGACAUAAUUAAGGAAAAAAAUAGUGAAGACGAGAAGAACAAAGAAAGGCUUCCUAGCGCGCAAGAGAUCUCUAACAUUAUAAAGAAAGGUGAAAUUCAAGCCUUCAAAGAAAAAACGAGAGAAUUUUCGGCGAGUGAUCAAGAAUUUGAUGCUAACAAUAACUGAAGAAUAUUCAAAGAGAACGACAGUUGAAUAAUACUUGAGAUGAUCCCUUACUGCUCAAAUGAGCAAGUUCGUUGCAUGAUAUUAGUUCUUCAUCAGAUUCUCGUUCAGAGACUUUUGAACUCCUAGUUCAGCCGGUUGAUGUGAAUUAUGCAUUAGACUUUGUCCCUCUUUUAAAUUUUGACCUUCUAAACUGAAUGGAGGCCUCUACGUUUAGUCGGGCUCUUUUUUAAACAUUGGACCAGAGUUGGGUGAACGCUCAUUUGAGACACAACCAGUAAAUAAAUAAUCUCCAAUGAUAUCUUCUGGUUACUGUUUG